GUGCCAGCCAGCCAGCCAGCCAGCCAGCCAGCCAGCCAGCCAGCCAGCCAGCCAGCCAGCCAGCCAGCCAGCCAGCCAGCCAACCACCUACCUACCCAGCCAGAAACAGCUGUGCCGUCCAUCCAGCCGGGAACAACCCGUGCCUUGUCCCCGCUGCCGGCCUGCUUCUGGGAAAAAAAGCUCCUGCGGACCCGUCCUUCACCCUAGCAUGGGAUGGGUGAGCCCUGCGAACGCGGUGCCUGCUCGCCGGCCGCUGGCAUGAAAGAAGGAGCGGACCAGGAGUCCUGGGACGCGCCGCUGGGUUUCCUGGAGGGCGUUCAGAUGGACAACAGGAGCAACAUGUCCUUCCUGCAGUUGUUAAAGAACAUCAACCUGGAGCGAGCUGACGGGAUGCAGGGGGACAGCUCUGACGUGGUGAGGAUUGUCAUCUCGCUGGUGUACUCCGUAGUGUGCGCCCUGGGGCUGGUGGGCAACCUACUGGUACUCUACCUGAUGAAAAGCAAACAAGGCUGGAGAAAAUCCUCCAUCAACCUCUUUGUGACCAGCCUGGCAGUGACUGACUUCCAGUUUGUGCUGACCUUGCCAUUCUGGGCAGUGGAGAACGCGCUGGACUUCAACUGGCUCUUUGGCAAGGCAAUGUGUAAGAUUGUCUCAUAUGUGACAGCCAUGAAUAUGUAUGCCAGUGUAUUCUUUCUCACUGCCAUGAGUGUGGCUCGAUACCGCUCUGUGGCUUCAGCCUUGAAGAAUCAGCGUCGAGGAGACCCCCUGAGUGGCUGUUGCUCUGCCAAGUGGCUUUGUGCACUCAUCUGGUUGUCAGCUGUCCUGGCUUCCCUGCCCCAUGCCAUUUUUUCCACCACUGCCACUGUCUUUGAUGAUGUUCUCUGCCUUGUCAAGUUCCCAGAAGGCCGAGGCAGCAAUGGCCAAUUCUGGCUGGGUCUGUACCACAUCCAGAAGGUGUUGCUGGGCUUUGUGGUGCCGCUGGUCAUCAUUAGUCUCUGCUACUUGCUCCUGGUGCGCUUCAUCACUGACAAGAACGUUGGCAGCACUUGCAGCGGUCCCAGCACCAGGCGCCGCUCCAAAGUGACUCGGUCAGUGUCCAUCGUGGUGUUGUCUUUUUUCUUGUGCUGGCUGCCUAAUCAAGCACUUACAACAUGGGGGAUACUCAUCAAACUCAACGUGGUGCACUUCAGCAAUGAGUACUUCCUCUCCCAAGUGUACCUCUUUCCCAUCAGUGUGUGCCUGGCACACUCAAACAGCUGCCUCAAUCCCAUCCUCUACUGCCUCAUGCGCAGGGAGUUUCGCAAGGCACUGAAAAGCCUCCUCUGGAGGAUCACCUCGCCUUCCCUCACCACCAUGCGCCCUUUCACUGACACCACCAAGCCUGAGAAGGAGGAGCAGGCUCUGCAUGCCUUGGUACCUAUCCACCCUGUCACUGCUGCUUCCCCUGCUGCCGCCAUCCAGCCGGAGGUGGCUUAUUACCCGCCCGGGGUGGUGAUGUACAGCAGCCGCUGUGACCUGCUGCCUGCCAGCUCCAUGGAGCAUCGCUGCUGAGACGGGCAGGGGGCUCUGGGGGGUGGGACUGUGGGCUCUGUACAAGGUGUGGCCCUGGGAUAUUGAAUACCUGCCAGGGACAAGGGGAGGAGGAAUGGGUAAAGGAGGACUUCUGUGUGAGAGAUGCUCUUUUGCGGUUGUGUCUGCCCUUGGAUGCUUGAUGAAAAUGCCCCCCCCCCGAGCUGGAGAACAGGAGUAGGAGGAGGCAGAGGUGGGAUGUCUCUAGGAGAUGCCUUUUAGUGCUUGUUCUGGGUCUCGGGAACUGGGGAGGGUGAUGGGGCUCCAGCCAGGGAGGAUGCAGAAUGUGCUAAGUACCAUAGGAAGGAGAGUGGCUGGGCGGGGUGGAGUGAGGCUGGGAGACCUUGACUGUGUCCCCCCAGCUUGGAGCUGUAAGCAGCAAGAGGCCAGCAGCUCUCCCACCCUGUUUGUCUGUGGCAGGGAGAGGGAGCUGAGCUCCUUUCUCACUGCUGCAGGACAUUGUAAAAGGUGCCAGCCUGACUGUGGUCACUGCUCCCUGGGCUCCAGUGCUGGCACAGGGAUCAGACAGCCUAUGUCCUGUUUCAAACCUGCCCUAAGGGAAACAGCCAGGACAAGUGGGUACAAGACUCCUAUUGUUCAGGCUUGGCCCCUUUCUCCUCUUUUAGAGACCUAUGAAAGAGAGGGGACAAGGAGCACUGUGCUCCCCUCCAGAUCUGUGCAGGAUAUGUUUUUCUAGCUACCCCCAUCCCCUCAGCUGCUACCAGGAUAUAGAGCAACCCAGACAGCCAAGGAGAAACCCAAGGACAGAACUUGAAUCUUGAUGGGGAAGCGUUGCUUUGCCUGGGUUUGGAGGGGAGGAUGUGAGCCCCCUAACAUUGUGUUCCCCAUACUCUCUCCAGGCUGCCAGGGGGAAAACCUCACUGCCUGAGACCAUGUGGAGCAAGGCAGCAUCUUUCCCAGGGUGCUGAAGCUGCAGGCUUUAUUCUUGCUGCACUUCAGACAGUUUGUAUUUCACUUCAGGAAACCAGCACAACUGUAAAUAAAAUAAUAAUUAAAAAAAAACAGAGGAAAAAGAAACAAUCUUAGACACUUCACAUCACUUGCUCUGGGAUACUUCUGGGUUCAGUUAAAACCAAGUACAAUGGCUUUUGUUCUGCUAAGGGUCUGCACUGAUGCUUGCCAGUGUUUCAGUUAACUCCAAUUCAGUUCCUCUAGGUUGACCAGCCCUAGGGCCUGCAGGUCAGCACUUUUAUAGCCUAGAGAAUGUCAGGGACAAUGCCUGACACAGCCUGUGUUCCAGAGAAACACCCAGCAAAUAAUUUGAGGUUGAUCUGAAAUGAACUUUCCUGGGGAUGAAAAAGUGUAUUUUUAAGCUGUGAAAGUUUUUAUGGUAAGGCUAUAUAUUUACUUUUUAAAAUUUUGUUUUUAAUUACGAGGAAAAAAUUAUUUAAAAUGUAAAGGUCAAAAUAUUUGUUUUAAAAUAUGGAAAAAUGCAACAGUUAUUGUUUUGUUUACAGAACACAAGUUCAUUAGUUCCCUAUACUAUGUGUGAGAUGAUUAUUUAAAUACAAUAUUCAAAACUCC